CCUCCUAUUAUUACUACUACUAUUACUACUACUAAUACCACUACUAUUACUACUACAACUAUACUAUUACUACUACUAUUCUACAACUACUAUCACAUUACUAUUGCUAUUACUAUUACUACUACUAACAUUAAUAUCAUCCAAUCUCUCAAAUUAUAAUAACGGUCGACGUACAUAUGUGCAAUUAUUUUCAAGUAGAUGUAAAUGAUAAAUACCCCGCUAUAUACCUGUACCUUUAAGCAUUAGCGUCGUGAAUUAACGAUUCAUUGUUAAUGUUAAUGUUUUACGGGACAACGUCAAUUCCGAAAGAAUAUCACAUAAUAGCAACAACAGCAACAACAACACAACGACGAUGACGAUAUUCACUUCUUAUUAAAAUAGGCACCCUUAACGUAGCUUCUCGCGUGUAAUAGACCCCGAUGAUGUCAACUACAAAAAAAGGAAAAGAAACAAAAAAAAAAAAUAAAAAGAAUAGGAAUAAAAAAGCAAACAGUACACGUUAUGGUAGAUCAUAUGGGGAACACGCAUUCGUCAUGUUCUUAUAUUGUCGGUAUCUGACAUUCUUUUCUUUUACUCUGUGACGUAAGAUACCUAGGUAGAUAUUUUGCUACAUCCAUAUGACGUAAUGUGAUAACGCGUCGUAAAGCAUCGUCGCUAUGAUUUAGAAUAAUUCUUAGAAAGGAAGUCCUUGAGUCCUCCGUAAUGCAUUGGCGCAUACGAUGAAUUAUAACGAUAUAUAAAAUGGCGAUAUACAUACAUAUAACGAAAUGAUAAAAAUAACUUACAUAUAUAUGGAAGCUAGAGUAUUUCCUCUUUUCGAGAACUGCCAGAGUUUUACUGGAGAACCUUGGACGAAAUUAAUGCAUCUUAUUCAAAGAAAAGAGAAGGGGUUAGAGAAAAAACAUAAGUAAUGGCGGCAGAUCGCUUUGAGAUGUUCUUUUGAAAAGAAUGUGCGCGCUAGGUAGAAAUAUUCUUUGAUAUAAAAUAUCUCUACGUAUCUUACAAAUUUUAUUGUCACGAUAUAAACAUUCGGUAAAAAACGUUGAAAGGAUAAUCAGUGGCGGGAGAUGGGGGUACAGUAAAACAAAAAAGAAUAUGAAGAAAGAAAGAAAAGUAGAUAAAAGAAAACCAAAAUAGAAAUUUUGAAGGCAUCGGCAACUUUACGUCUAUCUUCCAUUUAUCUACGUACAUGAAUCGUAAAGAGAAGAACAAAUAGAAUUAAUAGAUUUGUAGUUGAAAUGCAAGCGUAACACAAGUGCGAUACACAUAAAUAUUUAUAGAUUAUUGAUCUUAAUAAUUGUACUAUGAUUAUCAUUAUUAUAUUAUGUCUAUUAUUAUGAUUAUUUAAUAAGAAAAUGAAGACUUUCUACUAUGACUGCUUCCUACGUUUCGACGUAUACGUUAGGUUCAUUCAUGUUCUUGUACUUUCAAAUCCAUAAAACCCUAAUGUAAUACUAUUUCGCUUUAAAUGAUACAUGGAUUUUACUUUUGAUUCAGCUUUGCGGUCUAUGUAUAAUUUUCAUUGCUCCGCUAAUAUUUUUUAACAAGAUACAUCGAACAUUGAUAAGAUCUGUUCGAAUAAAAAAAAAAUAAUAAUAAUAAUAAAUACAAAAGAAAGAAAGCAAGAAAAAAAGAAAAAUCUAUUUGUAUCAUUAUUGCGAUUUCGUAGGUUGAAAUACAAAUAUGUCGAACGAAAACGCUUUAAAAGAACUUCUAAAAGGAAACAUCUAAAGGAUUUAUACGGUCAGGCAUUUUUUAAAGAAUUGUUAUAUAUCCCCAAUUGCUUUUAUGCUCCCAUCAAACGAAAAUAAAGAAUUAAAUUAAUAGAUACGGAAGACGAUAAUUAUGUUAAGCGUUAAAAAAAUCAUAACAUUAUCAUAUUUUUCGAUGCAUUAUUUAAUUUGCCAAAUAUUUUUUCUUUUCUUUUUCUUUUUUUUUCUAUUUUCCUUUUUUUCUUUACCUUUUUUUUAUCAUCUCGCCUUAUGAGCUAUGUAUUUAAAUUAAUAAAACGCCCAUGGAAAUCGUUUUAUAUUUUUACAAUAGCAAUCGUAGCUUAUCGGUUCUGUGCCACGCGUUGCCUGUGCCUUUAAGAUAAAAAAGCUGCGAAUAUUAUUUAAUCUCAUUAUUGAAUUUAAUUUAAUAAUUCUUAGAAUAAAAAUAAUAAUAAUAAUAAUAAUAAUAAUAAUAAUAAUAAUAAUAAUAAAAGAGACAAAAAAACAAAGAGAAAGAAAGAAAAGCAAUUUGUUAUCUAAGUCGGAAUGGGCUUCCCUUAAUUAUUAUUUUCAAGUUCUUACCGUUGAAAUGCUGCCAAGAUGCGACAAAAAUGGAAAUGCUUGAGAUGAAUGAAAGGGAGGGGAUGGGAAGAUUAGAAAGAGAAGAUAGAUAAGAUAGACUCGAUCGAAGAUAUAUAAAAAGUUAUCUAGCGACGUAAGGUAACGUAUAAAUAAUUAAUUAGCCAGCGCCGGGAACGAAGGAAAGGUAGCGCUAACGAAAGUGAACACCUGUAGUCAAGUCUGUAUUGUUAUCUCUGGUCACACGAUGCAUACAAAAAAAAACAAAGAAAAAAAACAGCAACAACAAACAGUAUUUAAUAUAAUUGAUGAUUUCAUUAAUAUUGUACCGUACUAUUAUAAAUUACGUUGAAAACGAUGAAAAAAAAGAAAAAGAUUACGAUUAUCCAAAGAUCUAUCCAAACCACCUUGUGACUUCCUUCCUUAUGAAAUUAUUAAAUAACAAUGUCAUAUUUUUUUUUCAUCAAAUUUCACACAAAUAUCUUGUGAUUUUUUCGAAUAUUGUGAAAGAAUGAAGAAAGAAAAAUUGAUAUAUCCUAAAAGUACAAGGAAUAUCUUGUACAUUUGACAUUGACCAGUACCUUUUAUCGAUUGGCAUGAAACGGGAUGCCAUGUUUGCGAGGCGCCACACACGCGAUAGACCUCUCUUUCGUUGUAGGCCAACGGUUCUCGUUGUCCAUUCGUGUAACCUAACGUUAAAUCGGUGCAUCAUGUUUAGUCUCGUAAACGUCGUAGGUAAAUAAUUUUUUAAUCUCGCCGAUUUCGACGAUUUCAUCAUCGAAGAAAACCCGAUCGAUACACCAUACUUAUCGGCAGUUCUCUUAACGAAAACUGAGUCCUCUCAAAGCCCGCUUGAACAACGAACUUCUCUCUCGAUUCACAUAAUACAUUUGAAAAUAAUGUCACGAAAAAAGCAAUCGUCUUCCGACGAUCGUUCAAUGAAAAAAGACCAAGAUGACUCGAGUAGAGCCGCGAUAGCAUCACUGGAGGACGAAAAUUUGAACGAGGACGAUUCCGUUCCCGAGAUUGUUUUAUCGAACAAAGGUGGUCCAAAAUUGAUUCACAAUGGUUACAUGUAUACGAUGCACAAAAAACAGCCUCAACAUAUCCGUUGGAGAUGCGUCGGUAGAACAACGUAUUGUAGAGGAAGCCUUAUAACGACGGAAAAUUGUACGAAGCCGCGAAUAAGAAUGGAGCACAAUCAUAAACCGGAUUUCGCAGCUGCUCAAGUAGCAAGAAAACGUUAUUUGGCACUUGGCAAACCGCGCGUAUUAAUGAUGUCAUCUGAAGAGAAAGGAAACAUUCGUCAGCCAUUCGAUGGGACGGAAUCUGUCGCAAUCUUAUCUAGAAGAAAGACAGACGAAGUCGAUAAAUGUAAAAACCACGAUGAUCGUCAGCGAUGGGAGAAGCGUACUGCUAUACGAAAAAUUUUACAGUCCAACACGCCUGCCUCGCAAUCUAACACGACCACCACUAAAACCAUCAGAAUAGCAACCCAAUCUUUCGUAAGACCACAUAUUAGGAAUAUUGCCCCAGCACCAUCGCCACAACAACAACAGCAGCGACAACCAAAGACUCUUGUAUUAAAAACUAUACCGUUAAAAGUGAAGCAGGUUGCGCCAACGACGAUCAAAAUGCCACCGAGACAAACUCCGCAGGGCAUGCCACAAAAUAUUGUCCAUCAACAACCUACGGAGGUUUGUCUAAGGUGGAAUAGUUAUCACAGUAACAUGCAGAAUAGUUUCCCAUCCCUUCUGGAUUCGGAACAAUUCGUUGACGUAACUUUAGCUUGCGAAGGACGAUCUCUGAAAUGUCACAAGAUGAUAUUAUCCUCGUGUAGCGAUUAUCUAGCAGACUUGUUGCGAGAAAAUCCUUGCCAGCAUCCUAUCAUCUUGAUGAAAGAUCUCAAAUUCUGGGAGGUUGAAGCGCUGGUUAAGUUCAUGUAUCGCGGUGAAGUUAACGUUGCUCACGACAAAUUACCUCAAUUAUUAAAUGCGGCCGAAGCUUUACAAGUUAAAGGAUUAGCAGCAGGUCCUAGUUCCUCCUCGCAGAACUCGAAACCACCGAUGCUUAUACCUCAAACAAAACCGUUAAUAUCUCAACCAGUAGUGCCACAAAUCGUACCAGAAACCAAAGAGAACAAGCCUUCCGCUUCUAGCGUUCCUCCUUCUUCUAGUCCCAAACGCGCGCAAAAAAGACAACAAUCGGAACCUCCUGAACCACGGCCAUUCACAAAAAUUCGUUUACAAAGACCAAUCACACCAACGUCUCCACCUACGACAGUGAAAACUGAACCCUUGGAUAUACCUCUAAGUCCCACUGAAAUAUUUCCUGAAAGUAACGAGGAUAAUUCUAAUCCAGUGAAUUUUGAAAAGCUUAUUAGUUUUCACGAGGAAGACGAUCCAGGUGGUGAUGAUCUCAAUGAUGAAAACAGAGAAAUUAAUUUCUGUGAGAUACCGGGUCCACCGGAUUUGAAUGAUUGCGAAGAUCAGAUGGAAUUUGUACCUACGGACUUUCUAGAACAAGAACAGGACAUCGUUGAAGAAUCGGAACCAGGUUGUAAUAAGGAUAGUAAAGACGAUUUAACCGAUCACAGUUCUGUUGAUGCUGGGGAAGGCGAUGACGAACGAGAUGGAGAAGAAGAAGAAGAAGAAGAAGAAGACCCAUGUUCGAAGGAGGACAAGACAGAGUAAAACGAUUUUAUCUACGAUUUUUUGCUAUCGUUAAGAUAUAAUCGAAUGACAAUUCGAUCGAAAGCGAAGAAAUAAAUAUGUUCGAACAGCGUCAUUAAUUUUCUGCGAAUAUUAUUGUUAAUAUUGUUAUAAAGUUUACAGUAAGUCGAUCAUAAUAUUUUUCAUUUUUUAAAUUGACUUGACGUAUAAAGAAAUUUUUCUAUGAAGACAUGAUAUCGAAAAAUAUCAAUUUUUUUCUUUUUCUUUUUUUGACAUAACAUUUUCGUUAUGUAUGCGAAUGAAGAAAAUUUAUAUCGAUCAUUUGUUUUAGAAAAAUACAUAAAUCUGUUUUAUCAAUUAUCAUAUUUUCAAGAUCGAAGUGCAUUAUAAUAAUAUUUAACACGUUGCCGCAAAUGACGGCUAUAGCCGUCUGAUUUUUGGCAAUAUGUAGGCAAAUGACUGCUAUAGCCGUCUUGCACAUCAAUUUCAUAUGGCAGUCAUAAACAAUUGAAAAAAAAUGUAUUUCUAAACACGAUCGUCAAAUUAAAAGUGUGCGGCAACGUGUUAACGGAAAUAAUUUAUUGUCGGACUUGUUUCGAAUCUUGUAAUUGGAAUUUAUGCGUUUUUUGUGUGAUCUAGGUAUAAUCUAGAUAUUUUAAGAAUUAGAAGGAUAUGAUAAUAUUCCACUUGCUUCCAAGUUACAUAUUAAAUCAUUGUCUCGUUAAUGAACGAUAAAUCAAAGCUAUCGAUAGCGAAAACCGUUUGACGACUUUAAACGAUACGCCAAAGAAUUGAGCGUGAUAAUGUGAAACAAUUCGUUAAAUCAUAAAGCUUUCGCGCGAACUAAAUCAUUAUACUUUUCUGUUAUCAUUUAUUUUCAUUGUUAGCCCUUAUCGGUCGUAUAUUAACUCUAACGUGACUGUGUAAUUUUAGCACUCAUAUUUCACGUGAAAGGUGACAAGACUGAACAUGUAAAAACCUCCUAAUUGCCACGCUUUUAUCCAAAAUAUUUGCUUUUAGAUUUAAACACUUACGCGUUAAUCUCUAUCUAGAUAAUAUUAAAUAUUAUCUCUUUAAAAAUUUUGACUAUAGAAAUUCAUUUAUUUUUUUUUUUUUUUAAUUUUGUUUUUAAUUUUAGAAAGAGGGGGUUUGUUAGCAAAUUUUUGGAUGUUCCAUAUCUGAAUCAAAAUCAAUGUGUUAAUAACAAUUCAAAAAGAAAUUUAGAUAAAGUUUAAACAAAAAUAAUGUAUUUUCAAUAAGAAAUAAUUUUAUUAAAAAAUCAUUCGCAUAACCACCUAAUAAAACUUCCAUGUAACAAGUUAUAUACAAAACGCUAAUGUCCGAUAAGGGUAACGAAUAUUUUAUUUUUUAUAUUUAACUAAACAUAUAUAUAGAACAGUCUAUAUAAUUAUUUAUUUUUGAAGAUAAGUUUUUUCUUUUCUGUUUGAUGCACAUCGAUAAAAACGACAUGCUUGGUAUUCGAUGAAAAUGCAUUUAAAUAUUAUAUGAAUUCGUCGAAAAUUUAUAUAUCUACUUUCGGCGUUAACAUUAUAUUUGAAAAAGAAUCGAUGCAUUUAUAAAAAUUAGAAAUAAAUUAAGGAUGCAUCCGAUUAUAUGUGAGUAGAUUGAUCGCAUGUCUAAAAAAUAUUUUAUAUUAUACUUUCGUUUGAAUUUUAGAUUCUAGAUUGUCGUACGCGUUUAUUUCACAUUUCGAAGAUCGUGUAUUACCUCUUAUAAAAAAAAAGUUCUAAUAAUUAAGCAAAGAAGAUUGAUUUCUUACUCGAAAAUAAUACAGUAUACGUGUAAAAGAGCGGUAUCGCGCAAAUAUUCAAUCAAUCGCACGAUGUCGACUCUAUGAUUGGAAAGUAUAUGUACAUUGUAAUAUGUGAAAUAUUAUGUCUUAUAAAUAAACAGCUAUUACAACGUA